AUGGGGCGCUGUACGGUCCUCGCGCAGCCCGGGCUGUGGACCAGGGACACCAGCUGGACCCUGCUCUAUUUCCUCUGCUACGUCCUCCCGCAGACCGCCCCUCAAGUACUCAGGAUCGGAGGGAUUUUCGAAACUGUGGAAAACGAACCUGUUAAUGUUGAAGAAUUAGCUUUCAAGUUUGCAGUCACCAGUAUUAAUAGAAACCGAACCCUGAUGCCUAACACCACAUUAACCUAUGACAUCCAGAGAAUUAAUCUUUUUGAUAGUUUUGAAGCCUCCCGGAGAGCUUGCGACCAGCUGGCUCUUGGUGUGGCUGCCCUCUUUGGGCCUUCCCACAGUUCCUCCGUCAGUGCAGUGCAGUCUAUUUGCAAUGCUCUUGAAGUUCCACACAUACAGACCCGCUGGAAACACCCCUCAGUGGACAAUAGAGACUUAUUUUACAUCAACCUCUACCCGGAUUAUGCAGCUAUCAGCAGAGCAGUCCUGGAUCUGGUCCUCUACUACAACUGGAAAACAGUGACAGUGGUGUACGAAGACAGCACAGGUCUAAUUCGUCUGCAAGAGCUCAUCAAAGCUCCCUCCAGAUAUAACAUUAAAAUCAAAAUCCGGCAGCUGCCCUCUGGGAAUAAAGAUGCCAAGCCUCUACUCAAGGAGAUGAAGAAGGGCAGGGAAUUCUACGUGAUCUUUGAUUGUUCCCACGAAACAGCUGCGGAAAUCCUGAAGCAGAUUUUGUUCAUGGGUAUGAUGACUGAAUACUACCACUACUUUUUCACCACUUUGGACUUGUUUGCUUUAGAUCUGGAGCUCUACAGGUACAGUGGCGUAAACAUGACUGGCUUCCGGCUGCUUAACAUCGACAACCCUCAUGUGUCAUCCAUCAUUGAGAAAUGGUCCAUGGAGAGGCUGCAGGCCCCACCUAGACCUGAGACUGGACUACUGGAUGGCAUGAUGACAACAGAAGCAGCUCUGAUGUACGAUGCAGUCUACAUGGUGGCCAUCGCCUCCCAUCGGGCCUCACAACUGACAGUCAGCUCCUUACAAUGCCAUCGACACAAGCCGUGGCGCCUUGGACCCAGAUUUAUGAGCUUGAUUAAAGAGGCUCGGUGGGAUGGCUUGACUGGACGUAUCACCUUCAAUAAAACUGAUGGCUUGAGAAAGGACUUUGAUCUGGACAUUAUUAGCCUCAAAGAGGAAGGAACUGAAAAGGCUGCUGGUGAAGUGUCUAAGCACUUGUAUAAAGAGUGGAAGAAGAUUGGGAUCUGGAACUCCAAUAGUGGGCUCAACAUGACAGAUGGAAACAACGACAGGUCCAACAAUAUCACUGAUUCACUGGCCAAUCGAACACUCAUUGUCACCACCAUUCUGGAGGAGCCCUAUGUGAUGUACAGAAAAUCAGAUAAACCCCUGUAUGGAAAUGACAGAUUUGAAGGAUAUUGCCUGGAUCUGCUGAAAGAAUUGUCAAACAUCCUGGGGUUCCUGUAUGAUGUUAAGCUAGUCUCUGAUGGCAAAUAUGGAGCCCAAAAUGACAAGGGAGAGUGGAAUGGGAUGGUGAAAGAACUUAUUGAUCAUAAGGCUGACCUGGCAGUGGCUCCUCUUACCAUCACUUAUGUGAGAGAGAAAGUCAUAGACUUCUCCAAGCCUUUUAUGACCUUGGGUAUCAGCAUUCUCUACCGGAAGCCCAAUGGGACCAAUCCUGGCGUCUUCUCCUUCCUCAACCCCUUGUCUCCAGACAUUUGGAUGUACGUGCUCCUGGCCUGCUUGGGAGUCAGCUGUGUGCUCUUUGUGAUUGCAAGGUUUACACCCUACGAGUGGUAUAACCCCCACCCGUGCAACCCUGACUCGGAUGUGGUGGAAAACAAUUUUACUUUACUAAACAGUUUCUGGUUUGGAGUUGGAGCUCUCAUGCAGCAAGGAUCAGAGCUGAUGCCAAAAGCUCUAUCAACCAGAAUAGUUGGAGGAAUAUGGUGGUUUUUCACCCUAAUCAUCAUUUCAUCCUACACUGCCAAUCUUGCUGCCUUCUUGACAGUAGAGAGGAUGGAAUCUCCCAUAGACUCUGCAGAUGAUCUUGCAAAGCAAACCAAGAUAGAAUACGGGGCAGUCAGAGAUGGAUCGACAAUGACCUUCUUCAAGAAAUCGAAGAUAUCCACAUAUGAGAAGAUGUGGGCUUUCAUGAGCAGUAGACAGCAGACUGCUCUCGUCAAAAACAGCGAUGAGGGAAUCCAAAGAGUGCUCACCACGGACUAUGCCCUGCUGAUGGAGUCCACCAGUAUUGAAUAUGUGACGCAGAGGAACUGCAACCUCACUCAGAUUGGAGGUCUCAUUGACUCCAAAGGCUACGGAGUGGGAACACCUAUCGGCUCGCCUUACCGGGAUAAAAUUACAAUUGCUAUUCUACAACUCCAAGAAGAAGGGAAACUGCAUAUGAUGAAAGAGAAAUGGUGGCGCGGAAAUGGCUGCCCUGAAGAAGAAAGCAAAGAGGCCAGUGCUUUGGGAGUAGAAAAUAUUGGGGGCAUUUUCAUUGUUCUGGCUGCUGGACUGGUCCUUUCUGUAUUUGUAGCCAUUGGAGAAUUUAUAUACAAAUCACGGAAAAGCAAUGAUCUGGAACAGAAAGGAAAGUCAUCAAGACUUAGAUUUUAUUUUAGGAACAAAGUAAGGUUUCAUGGGAGAAAAAAACAAAGCGUUGGUGUAGAGAAGUGUCUCUCUUUCAAUGCCAUCAUGGAAGAACUGGGAAUUUCACUGAAGAAUCAGAAAAAAUUAAAGAAAAAGUCAAGAACUAAGGGGAAAUCUUCUUUCACAAGUAUCCUUACAUGUCAUCAGAGACGGACUCAGAGGAAAGAGACUGUGGCCUGAUUCAAGAAAGCUCCUUUGGGAACUUUCCCAGAAAAGAGUUUUUGAAGGCAGACGUUCUGAUGAGUGUGAGAUGUCUUUCCAUAUAUUUAUAUCCAUAACUCAUUAUGGAUAUAGGUAUAAGAAAUGCUAAAUUUUUAAAGUUCGUGAAGAGAGAUAUAAUUAGGGAAGUGGCACCAAUUCUUCUGAAAUGAAUUUGUAUGCGCACCUAUUUUGCAUUUUUCUCUUUGGCCCCCAAUAAAUUGCUGUGUGUGCUUUCUUAAUAAUAAAAAGUAAAUGUUGUUUU